AUGGCAGUUACAAAGGGUGAAGACAAAUCAUUGAUGACCCCCGUGGUGUGCGGAUGCAUCCGACCCCUGAGCCAGGCAAGUGACGGUUCCGGCAGCUCCGCGCUCCCGAAGGCCAAGUUUCCUGUGCCACGUGGCAUUCCAGUGACAAUGUCGGACACAAAUAAACCGAGUGCGUUGGAUUUAUCGGGCAAUGUUAGCGAAAACUGGUGGAAGUUCAGGCAGAACUUUGAUAUUUCUAGGUUGGCGUCGGGGAAGUCGGAAAAACCUUCGGAAGUGAAAGCUGCAAUACUUCUUAACCUCGUCGGUGAAGAUGCGGUGGAAGUCUUCAAUACUUUUAACCUAAGUGAUGAUGAUCGAAAACAGUUCGACGCAGUGAUAGCAGCAUUUAAAAUGUAUGCUAGUGAGAAAAGAAAUGUUCUGUAUGAGCGUUUUGUGCUCUAUUCGCGAAAACAAAAGGAAGGUGAGCCAUUUCAGCAGUUCAUCACGGACUUGAAGAAGUUGGUGCGCAGCUGUGAGUUUGGGUCUCAAACAGAUGAAAUAAUUAGAAACUGUGUUUUCAUGGGUGUGCGGGACAAGACUUUGCAGAAGGAAAUGCUGCCAACCAAAUAUUUAACCUUAGAGAAAGCAUGUGAUUUAGCGAAGCUAGCAGAAAUAAGCGAUCAACAACUUCAGGGCCUUCAGUCUACAGAAACGCAAAAGUCGUCUGUGACGCCCGAGUGGGGUGCUUCUGUAGAAGUUAACACAGUGCAACAUAAGGCUAAAUGGAACAAAGAGUCGCCGAAGUAUUCCCCACAGACCAGCCUCAAUCUUGUAAAGCUCCCUGACUCUGUCGACUUGGAGAGUCCCACGGCCCGAAAAGACUGGGAAGUGUUUGAAGGAGAUUUUGAAAAUUAUUUAAUCGCAACGGGCCAGGAUGAGGGCCCAGAUAAGGUUAAGAUCGCCCUACUCAAAAACAUGUUAGGCUCCCAAGGACGAGCCCUUUUCGAAACUUUCGACAUCCCACCGGAGGACAAGCUUGUGUAUUCUAAAGUAAAGGAAGCGUAUCGCGUGUUCGUGGCACCAAAAACAAAUCCUUUGUAUGAACGGUUUGUUUUUAACCAGCAUGUGCAACUUGAGGGUGAGACUUUUGAUCAUUUCUUGACUGAUUGCCGCCGCCUGAUUAAAACAUGUGGCUAUGAGCGCCCAGUUUCGCAGGAAGAGAAUAUGCUGGUUGACCGCAUCGUCCAGGGCAUCAGAGAUUCGUCCGUUCGGGAGUCUCUGCUGAGGUUAGACAAUGCUACUCUUACUAAAGUUGCUGCACACUGCCGUCUGAUGGAACAAAGUCAACAACAAGCAAAGGAGAUUCAAGCUCGGAGUUCUACUCACGAUAGUGUAAGUUGUGACUUUGUGUCCACUAAGGAUAGGAAGUCGUCACGCCCAAGACAAAACAGCAAGUUUGGUGAUAACGUAUGUAGAAUUAACAUUCGCGACCAUAGCAACCCUGUUUGUAAGCCUCCAAGAAGGGUCCCUAGAGCAAUCAGACCUGCGUUAAAACAAGAACUGGACAGACUCGAACAGAAAGGCAUUAUAUGUAAAGUUGACAAGCUCAGUGCUAGCGCUUGGGUGAGCAACCUAGUUGUUGUGGAAAAGUCAAGUGGGAAGUUGAGGUUAUGUCUUGAUCCGACUGACCUCAAUAAGGUGGUGAUUCGAGACUACCAUGAAAUACCGACAUUGGAAGAAAUGUCCGAGAAGCUCACAGGGAAAAAAUUUUAUUCAGUGUUUGAUCUUAAGGAAGGGUUCCACCAAGUGCAACUAGAUGAAGACUCGUCUCACAAGUGCUGCUUCUCGACACCAUUUGGGUGCUAUCGCUAUCUACGCAUGCCAUACGGCAUUGCCAAUGCCCCAGAAAAUUUCCAGAAGUUUAUCGAAGAGAACUUUGCCUCUAUUCCUGGAGUGGUGACAUUCUUCGAUGACAUCCUCUGCACAGGCGAAACAGAAGGUGACCAUGAUACGUGUGCUCAGCAAGUGGUGGAGCGUGCAGCCAGCCUUGGCAUCAAGUUCAACCCAGAUAAGCUUCAAUAUAAGGUUUCCGAAGUAAGGUAUGUGGGCCAGAUCUUCUCCGCCGCAGGCAUGUCACCUGAUCCUGAGCGAAUCCGAGCUCUAACUAGUCUACAGGCUCCCAGCAAUCGCAAAGAACUUCAACGUAUGUCUAGUGUGUGUUCCCCAUUGUAUGAACUUCUUAAAGCAGAUGUAGACUGGUUGUGGCUCCCGUGUCAUGAAGAGGCUUUUUGUAAACUCAAGUCGCUCAUCACUAGUGCCCCUGUUCUGGCAACUUUUGAUCCCACAAACCAACUUGUUAUACAGUGUGAUGCAUCACAGAGUGGGCUUGGUGCUACUUUGUUUCAGGAGGGCCCAAAGGGUCUCCACCCUGUGCACAUUGCCUCCAGGUCCCUUACAGCAGCAGAAAAGAGCUACUCCCAGAUUGAGAAGGAGCUCUUAGCAGUUUCUUUUGCCUCAGCUAAAUUUCACUACUAUAUUUAUGAACACGUGGUGAGAGCAUUAAUGUCAAAGGAGAAGCAGAUGAGAGACGUAUACAACAAAACGGCCAGGCGACAGGAGAUAACAUUCGUUAAGGGGGAAACUGUGGUUGUCAAAACCCACAAACAUGACAAGUGGGAGCCGGGAGUCAUUGUGGGCAAACACUCAUCACCUCGCUCCUAUUGGGUGCGAGGAUCAGGUGAUAGGAUAGUGCGUCGCAAUGUGAUCCAUCUGAGAAAAACCACUACCUCGCAGAAGCCCCACCAGUCAGCUCCACGCCUGCUCGAGGUUCCCAACACCAAGACUGAUGGCGAGGAGGGUAACCGCCUGAAGCAGACUCCACGCACCUCAUCAUUGGAGCCUGACUUCCGGGGGUUUGAGCCUCAAACUUCGACGAAUGCAGUGACUGAUGUGUCUACUGUGCAGGGUGAUAAAUCUCAAGAAGCAACAGACAGCAGUGGCCAUACCUUGGCUACCAAAAGUGGAAGGGAGGUGAAGCCUGUGAAGCGCUUAAAUUUGUAA